AUGGGUUCCAGCAGGGAGGCCCAGAAGCUGCGGUUCGGGCCCUGGCUGGUGAGCGCCGUCAGCAGCGGGAUCUACCAGGGGCUGCGCUGGACAGACCCGGCCCGCAGCAAAUUCCGCGUCCCCUGGAAGCACAACAGCAGGAAGGACGUCACCAGCGGCGACCUGGCGGUCUUCAAGGCCUGGGCGCAGGCGAGUGGGCGGUAUGAGGGGUGCCCCGAGGACCCAGCCAAGUGGAAGACCAACUUCCGCUGCGCCCUGAGGAGCACCCGCAUGUUCAGGUUGGUGGACGACCGCUCCACGAGUGGUGACGACCCGCACAAGGUCUUUGCCAUCACCCCAGCCGCCCUCUGGCGUGGUGAGGAGGGAGAUUUCGGCAGCCCUGACCCUGCGGUGGACCAGCAGCCGCUGCACCAGCAGCCACAGCUGGAGCUUAACCCCCAAGACGUGGCCCCAGAAAUCGCUCCCCCAGGCAGCACUGACCCUGCACAGCCCCCGACGCUGGAUGACCUGGAGGCCCUGCAGUGGGUGCUGAAGCUGUGCGACAUCUCCCCCCGUGACCUUGACCACCCGACCCCAUCGUGGGGGACUGCAGGGGAUGCUCCUCACCAGGACACCCUGCUCCAGCCUCACCCAGACCCCAACCAAAACAACUGCCUCCCCCCGCCGCCAUUUCAGCAAUGGGCGCCUGCAGCGGAGCAGCCCCCCUUGGGCGCCUACAGCCCCACAGACCCCAUGCUGCUGGAGGAGCCAGGGGCCAUACCACUGCCGUGCCACCCACCAGACGUCACGGUUCCUGGGCUGUCCCCAGGGGAGGCGAUGCUCUUUGCCCCCGCCACCAGCCCUGUGCCGCUGCCACCGCAGGAUAACACAGAUGGCAUCAUCCCCAUCCUGGACAUCAGCAUCUACUACCGGGGGAAGCUCUUCCACCAGGAGGAGGUGGGGGGCAGCCAGUGCCUGCUGGCGUACCAGUCGUCUGACCCAGCGGUGGUCCUGCGCCCCGGGCGCCUGGUGCACUUCCCCAGCCCCGCAGAGCUGGCUGACAGUAAGCAGCGGCGUUUCACCGAGGAGCUGCUGGGCAACGCAGGGCUGCAGCUGGAGCAACGUGCCUGCAAGCUCUUUGCCACCCGCCUGAAGAAGUGCAAGGUCUUCUGGGCACUGUCUCAGCAGCUUGAGGGCAUCGGGGACCCCCCACGCAACCUGCUCUGCCGGGACCAGGAAACCCCCAUCUUUGACUUCAAUGAGUUUUGCACAGAGCUGAGGGACUUCCGCAAUGGCCAAAGGCAGCGGUCCCCUGACUUCACCAUCUACCUCUGCUUCGGGCAGUCCUUCUCCAAGGCCAGGCCCAAGGAGUCCAAGCUCAUCCUGGUCAAGCUGGUGCCCAAGUUCUGCGAGUACUGGUAUGAGCAGGUGCUGCGGGAGGGAGCCUCCUCUCUCGACAGCGGCACCGUCAGCUUGCAGCUCUCCGACUCCUUCAGCCUCUUCGAGCUCAUUGAGCAGUGCAACAUGCAGAUAGACUGACUCCCACCCACCCCGCUCCCCGUGGACCCCUGGGACAGGCACCUGCCGGCAGGGGACCACUGGGCAUCGGAGGCCGUGCAAACCGGCAUCCCCCCAGGAAUGCUGUGGUGGAAUGCCUAUGGUGGGGAUCUUUCGUCCUCCGAUUCCGCCCCGCCCCCAGCAAGGACAGCUUCACUAGCUGGUCCCAGAGCUGACAAGUUGCUUUUCCCCUCCGUCAGCUGCUAACGUGUGCGUUUGUGGAGUGUGGUCAUUUACAGAUUUAUUUUCUUAAGUUUUGUAAGUUUAAAUAUAUAUGUAUGGAAAGGUGCUUCCUGCUUGCUGAUGUUGCCUGGACAUCUGCCCACACUUAUCAGUCUGAGACUUUCACCCCCCUGGCAUCCCCCAACACCAUGGGGGUCCGUGGCCAGCCUUGUCCCAGCAAAGCCCCUGCUGGCAGCGGGCUCGUAGCAGGGCGCUUGUCAGCGCCUCCCCGUUAACAUUUGUGUAAAUGAGGUGACUUCCCACGCAUGCAGGCAUGCAUUUAUUGAUGCAUUUAUUUCCAUGCACUGAGGCUGCAAACAUGAUUUGCGAGCAAAGCGUGUUGAGGACAGCUUGGCUUUGGCUAAAGAAAAAUAAUUCUUCGGCGAGCACCUCCCCGCUGGCCCAGGGUUACUCACUUGAGAUGUUCUGGAAAAAUAAGGCAGUAACUACAACAGGAAGCACCCAGAGCACAGCUCCGAGGCGCAGAGGUGGUGGUAUCUCAGGGAGGAGCAUGGUAACCAGAGCACUGCCUGAAGAUGGGGUGUCCCCUCCCCAGGCUGGAAGCAGCAGCACCCCCUCAUUUCGGGAGCAAGAGGAGAGGAUGAGCCUGGCCAUCAAUGUUGGACCCAGAGCAAGAGGAGGUGGCAGCCUCCUUACCUGCCGAUUGAUGUGGAUGCUGCUGGGCCCAAAGGUGGUGGUCCCGUAGCUUGUCACGUAAUAGUGAGCAGAGGGCUGCGCCGGGGGCUCCUCCAGCUGCCUGGGCACUGUGGGGGUGGGGGGACACCAUCAGCACCUCAGCUCCAUGAACCCCUCAAGCCCUCCUCCCCCCCAAGCACUGCUGCGGCGCAAAACUAGGACCAUUUGGCUCACCUUUGGGCAGGAGCAGCUCUGCACCAAAGCGGUGCCCACACGUCCCACAGGUUUUAAUGUCUUCCUUCGUCCUGCGGAGGAAAAAGCCCCGAGAAGAAGGAGCAGCAGCUGCCCUCAGCACUUCCCAUGCAAGACAAUGCCAGGGCGAUGGAAGAAGCUCCCUCUUUCCACCCUGACAUGAGGUCCUGCUGUCAGUGGGAUGGCUGUUGCCUUCCCAGGUGCCUGAGCACCUUCAGCUCUUCAUGAAGUGGGGGACGUGGGCACCUGUCCAGAGGGGACAUUAUGUGCCUGAGCCCCAGAGUCUUGACUUUUUCACCUUUUUUUCCACGCUUGAAUUUCCCACACAAGUAAAUGCUACCACCACAUGGGGGACGGGCUACUACAGUCAGGAGAAGGGCGACAUAGUGCCCAGUGAGUUUUGCAACUAAUUUCACAUGGCUUUUGGAAGCUGACCAGCCCCACCAGCAUUGCCAUACCAACCACCCAGCUCCAGCCCUCAGCUUGGAGUGGCGCAGCACAUACGUACAUGGCAUUUGUGCCAUCCAUGUCUGGCCAGAUGAGCUCCGCAGGACAACCAGCCGUUCGGCAGGGUGUCUUCAUGCACAUGUGCAGCCCCGGCCACUCCUCAGCGAGCUUCUGGAUGGUGAAGACAACCGCCAUGAGGAAGUCCCAGGCAAACUGGAAACCUUCCAGGCAAAAGGAGAACAUCUUGCUUACUCACAGCCACCCAACCGUGGCAGCCCAGGAGAUGCUGUGGUGAUGCACGCAUCGCUUCCAGCCUGUCGGACCACAGCCAGAAUGGCUUGACCAGUUCCAUUUCUCAAGUUAACCAAGGCCCACCAGCCUUCAAAGGGAAUUGAAAGAUAUGUUGGAAGCGCUUCCCAACUCAGAUGGCCCUUUUGUUUAUCACUUGGAGACCCAGCCUGAGACCAUACUCUGCUGGGACCUUAUGGGGAAGGAUGACCUGUUUGCUCCAUGAGAAUACUGAAAACUUGACUUUCCACUUUCAUGUGACACCUUGAGAGGAAUCCUGACCAGGUUGCAUGGAGAAAGGGGAAAUCUUUAAUUGAACUGCUAGUGGACCCUGGCCAGAGCAGGACGUGUGGCAGAGGCUUCUGGGAUGCUCUCCCCAGAGGAGUGGAAGUGGCAGUUAAGGAGAGACAUGUGGUUGGGAGUCAUGAAAUAAGGAUCCUUACCUGUCCUUCCUGCCGGCUUUCUGCAUCGGAGCUCCAGGUAGCUGUAGGCUCUCUGGUUAUUCUCUUUGAUCAGCAGAGGUUUGCCAUUGGAUAUGAGCAGGCAGGUUGCCUUGGCCACCCAGUGUGUGGAGUAGAAGGAACAAGCUUUCACCAGGAACCUGUAAGGAGAUUGACCACAGCUUUCACCACUCUCCUCCCUGCUUAUCUCUGACACUGGGGGGAAGUGUGGCAGCAGGUGGACUUGAAAAAUAUGAACCCAAUUUCAGUAGAAACAGAGGCAGACAUCAAAUGAGGACCCUGCUCUACUGAAAGCUCAAGCAGCAGGAGCAGCCUCUUAAGCCAAGAGCUGCUUCCAGAGUUGGCCAUCUAUCCUGAUUUUUGGCUGGGAUAGAGUUAAUUUUUUUUCCUAGUAGCUGGUAUAGUACUGUGUUUUGGAUUUAGGAU